GACUGAGGGAAGGGGAUGCAUUUUCUUUUGCGUUGACAGCACUAGAUAUAAAUGUGUGAUUUUUACAAUGCUAAACAUUCACGGCCAAAGGGACGCCAUGUACCAAUCAACUCCGGUCUGAUUGCAGAAUAUGCUAGGAAUAGCUACUGGAUCUGAAGAUUGGUGUUGGGAUUACGAAGACAUGAUGCUGGGAAUCUGUAGUUAGCGUUAACAGUGCUCACCGUGUCUCCGUUUCCAAUGACUGCGCUUCUCAUCCGAUCGAGUUCCAACCUUCGUGAGUCAAGAUUUUCAACCCUUCGUAAAAAUGAUACUAAAGUGAUAAGUGAUUAGGGAGAUGAUGACUUUCCAGGAUGUGAGCUGGCUGGUUCAGGUGGCGCUCUUCUGCGCUUCGCUGCUGGUCGUACUAGCCUGGCUCGUUCAGUUCUCAAUGGCCUUUCUGCACCCUAAGUGGUGUGACAGGGUCCAGGGCAAGAGGGAGACCCCCUGGCAGCUGCCCUUGAGUCUCACCCACCAGACCUCGACGGGUGGCGUGUGGGCUUCCCUCCUGAGACUGAGGCUGGGGCGAGAUGGGACAGGGAGCGACACUGAGGCGGGUUUCAAAGGUCUUUUGUCUUCGCUCUUUGUGUUCAAGUCGUUCAGGGAACACUGGCAGAGAGCCUGGGUGCGUGCGCUCAACGAGCAGGCCUGCAGGCAAGGGAGCUCCAUUCAAAUCACCUUUGAUGACAGCCUUCAUCAUCCAACCUCUGGUUCCAUUGACCAUGUGACUUGCACAGACCAAUCAGCAUGCAGUAUGGUCCUUCAGUGCAGUUGUUCUGUUGACACUGUUACGUUUCCUGUGACAGUCACUCAGCAGUCACCUGCCACCGUUUCCAUGGAUACCUACCAGAUCACAAUGCAGCCCAUGCAGGCUCAGUUAAAAGUCUGCCUUGAGGAGGUGGAGGAAGAGGGUCUCUUUGUGUCCUGGACUUUUUCCAAGCAGCCUCCGCUGUCUUUAACUGUAACACCACGACAAAGAUUCCAGAAAGAGGGAUUUGACGUAGAGGUGGACAGCCAUAUGAUUGCCACGCUGGUUGAGGACACGCUGUACACAACACACCCUGCUAUGAUCCUAAACCUGAGAGCCUGUGUAUCAAGCCCUGCGUUUCCCAGGGAGAAGCAGAUUGGUUUUCUGAACUCUCCAUCUCAGAGCACUCUUGUCAGAAGGAUUCUGGUACAGCAACUCAGAGCAACCAAUGUCAAACAAGGUUGUCAGACUCAUGUAGGAGAGCUUUGUUGUGUUUUGAGUCUGGACACUCCCUCCAGUGAACGGAGAACAGGCUUUCUUUCUCCUUCCCCUUGUCCUGGAGCAGCCCUGCACUGGACUGACAACUUUACACUGGAUUUAGGACCAGAAACCAAAGAGCUCAUAGUAAGGCUUGUGGAGAGAAACAGCAAAGGAGAGCAGUAUUUACCUGGAUAUGCUUCCUUAUCACUGGAUUGCUCUAAAAAAAAUCCCAACGGACAACACAAGCUGUCCAUCGGUCCAGGUCACGGUCUGGCUCCGACUGCUAUCGUAACACUAGAGCUGUUGUAUUUGGAGUCCAGUGAUUUGGGUGCAUGUCAGAAUACAACUCCUCUGCGGUCUUCAGUCACCCCAUCAAAGAAGGUGGAUGUAGACCGUACUAUCAUGCCUGAUGGCACUAUUGUCACCACAGUGACCACCAUCCAGUCACGACUAAAACUGGACCAUAAACUAGGAGACUCUCCGUCUAGGUCUCCUUCAAAGGUGGAGGUGACUGAAAAGGCUCCCACUGUACUUAUCAACAGCUUGCAGAGUACUAAUGCCAGUCCUACCCCCACCAAAGGCACACUCCCUAAUGGGCUGGAUCCCGUUGCUGAAACAGCCAUCCGGCAACUGACCGAGUCGGCCUGUAAGGCACCCAAUAAAACGCCUUCUAAACGCAGCACUCUCAUCAUAUCUGGGGUGUCCAAGGUCCCCAUUACUGAGGAUGACUCAGCCUUAUCAGUGGGCUAUGCUGCAGCCAUGGAUGCAGCCCUACAGGGGGGACAUUCUCCCAGCGGAACCCCGAACAACCACGGAGCUUCCGUGCAUCGGGAAACAGAUGAAACCACUCCGUCUGAUGUGUCAGAGCGGCCGUCUGUGGAUGAUGUGGAGUCAGAGACGGGAUCUACUGGAGCGCUAGAGACACGCAGCCUCAAAGACCACAAAGUGGGAUUCCUUCGCAGUGGUACCAAGCUACUGUUCCGCAGGAAACACAGAGAGAAAGACCCCAGUUUUAGUCAGUCCCAUGAAGAUGUCUCCAACCUGGACAAUGACUCCUCUACAGCCUCCUGCUCCCCCACCAGCCGUAAGAAGUCUGGAAGCUUCUCUCGUCGCCUCAUAAAACGCUUCUCAUUCCGUUCAUCCAAGACAAAGGGCAAAUCUAGCACCGCCAAUGGAGGGGCUAGUGCAACAGACAACUAAAGCAGAAAUUUAGAGAGAGAGACGGUGCAGGCACCAGUCAAAUGAGUGUGGAAUAAAGUAAAAUGAGUGUGGAAUUGGCUCCAGAAUUAGUUAUUUAUCUUAUAUACUGAGUGCCCACCAAUCAGGGGUUAUGUCCUACUUCAGACCACAUUGUCCCAGGUAGCCAGCUUUGCUUUGGCGUGCCCACAAGUUUUCAGGAUGGAAAAAUCAACUAUAUAUGGAAAAUAAGUGGAUUUGUUGUUGUUCUUAAAUUUAUGGGAUGAUUAAGUGUGAACAAACGUGAGAAAACGUGAGAAUACUGGAGAUGGUCAUGUGUUGAUGGUUAUUGAGCACAAGGGGGCGACAUAGACUAGAGACUAUUAUUGCCUCCAACACUGUUGCUGUGUUGUUUUUCUUAUUUAUUUUAUUUCAUCAGUUGCACUUUGGAUCUUAAACUGAUUGUUUACAAUGCUGGGGAGCUCUUUUUUUGUGACGUUUUUAUCAUGUUUGUGUAUCGUUUACUGUUAUCGGCACUGAUUUAUUUCUCCUGAGAUCAUGAUAGGAGUAUUUCAAGGGUGUGAAAUGCUAAGACAUACUGUGAGCUUUGUUCUCGUUUUGUUGUUGCGAUAGCAUUUUAGAUCAAACGAUAAUAUGCCCUGUUUUAAAAUAGCAGUAGAGUUUGACUUUUAUUCUGACUUAAUAAUCUUUUAUAUGUUUCUAUUGUUUUUGGAAAAAUAAUCAUAACUAUAGGUAUAUCGCACUAAUUUAUGUUUGUGUGUUUUAGUUGAAAAGUACGAGCCCUUAUGACAAAAGGGAAACACUACAGUUAAACUACAUUUGUGUAUAUUUAUAAAUUAUUUCACAUUGUAAAUCUACAUCAGGCUGAAUUUGCAGUGAAACGUGCUAUUUUAAACUCAGGGGAUACUAAAAAAGGUGCGGGAAAAGAUAUUAAAUCACUUUAUUUAUUAGUUGUUUUUUUAGAUAUCGCUUGAACUAAACCUCCAUUGUCUCAGUAUACUAUCCCGUUUCUUCCUGUUUUCAUUUAGUUGCAAUAAACGUAUCAAGAGGUACGGGGUAUCCAGAGGUACGGCAGUCCACGUGUGCUUUAUUUAAAGGUGCUGUACGCGAUUUGUUUUAUGAAAUGAUUUCCGGAAAGAUAUCAAUUAAAUAGCUGCAAUAAAAUAUCACACAGGUCUCCGUGACAGCGCUAGUCUGUAUAAUCAGUAAGGGGGGCUGGGGUUUGAUUACUCUGGAGGAGGGAUCUCCACCCCCAAUAAUCUGAGCAUUAGUCUGAAUCGUAGGAACACCACAGAUUGUUUUUAUUAUAAAACGGAGAUUGAAGUUUAUUGUUUUAUGUUCAUGUAAACUACAAAUUAACACUUUACCCAUAACCCUCCCCUAUUCCACAAGACUCAUGGCAUGUAUCAGCAUUUCGAUUGAUCAAAUAUUUGACGGAUCAGAGCUCUGUUAAAAGACAACAGGUUUUUAAAUUGCCCACACAUCUGGAUUACAAUUGCUUUAUGCUUUUCUCGCAGUUUACAGUUGGCAAAGCACUUGUUUGCUGGAACUCCUGGAGCACAUUUGAGCCUGGAAACUAAUAAAGCAUGAGUAAAGUUAUAAUAUGACCAGAAUGCAAUAAAAGCGAACAAAUUGAAAUUGAGGUAGUGGACCUUCCGAAGUAUUCGGAGCUUCAUAUUGUUAUUGUGGUUAAUUUGAUGUUUAAUUUAUUCUGAAUAAAUAAUUUUUGA